CUUGACAUAUUAUCAUUUAUCACAUUCACGGACCACAUUUCGUGCACAUUUCUAUUUCAUAUUGUGUGUGUUGUGUACAUUAACCACCUUUUAAAUAUUUCUUUUUUAUAUCAAGCCAAUUAACAAAUUCCUCUAACUGAAGCUUUAGUUAGAGUUUGAAUACCUAUUUGAUAUUUUUUCAUUCAACAAUGAAGCCAGCAUACAAAAUCGCUAAUGAGAAGUUGGCAGAACUUGGUCGUAAGGAGAUCAUGCUCGCAGAGAAAGAAAUGCCUGGAUUAAUGGCUUGCCGCAGAAAGUAUGCUCCUAGCAAGAUACUUAAAGGUGCCAAAAUAGCUGGCAGUCUGCAUAUGACAGUACAAACUGCAGUACUCAUUGAAACACUGAUAGAGUUAGGAGCAGAAGUGCAAUGGUCAAGCAGUAACAUUUUUAGCACACAAGAUGAAGCUGCAGCUGCCUUGGUGGCUGUUGGGAUCCCCAUUUAUGCCUGGAAAGGAGAAACAGAUGAGGAAUAUAUUUGGUGCAUUGAGCAAACACUUAUCUUUCCCGAUGGAAAGCCCCUGAACUUGAUUUUGGAUGAUGGAGGUGAUUUGACCAAUUUGGUUCACACAAAACAUCCAGAACUUUUGGAAGGUUGCAAAGGCAUUUCUGAAGAAACAACCACAGGUGUACACAACUUAUAUAAAAUGUUCCGUGAAGGCCUUUUGAAAGUCCCAGCUAUUAAUGUCAAUGAUUCUGUUACAAAGAGCAAAUUUGAUAACUUAUAUGGGUGCAGAGAAUCUCUUCUUGAUGGUAUCAAAAGGGCCACUGAUAUCAUGAUUGCUGGAAAAGUUUGUGUAGUUGCGGGCUAUGGAGAUGUUGGUAAAGGAUGUGCUCAGGCCUUUAAGGGAUUCGGAGGAAGAGUUAUUGUUACAGAGGUGGAUCCUAUCAAUGCUCUUCAAGCAGCAAUGGAGGGUUUCCAAGUGACAACAAUGGAGGAGGCCUCUGAAAUAGGUCAGAUAUUUGUCACAACCACUGGAAACAUUGAAAUAAUCACCAAAGAGCAUUUUGUGAAAAUGAAGGAUGAUGCAAUCGUUUGCAAUAUUGGCCAUUUUGAUACUGAAAUUGAUGUUGCUUGGUUAGAUAAGAAUGCCAAGAAAGUGAAUAUCAAACAACAUGUUGACCGUUAUGAAUUGGAAAAUGGCAACCAUGUCAUCGUCCUUGCUUCUGGAAGGCUUGUUAAUCUUGGAUGUGCAACUGGUCACUCAUCUUUCGUCAUGUCCAAUUCUUUUACGAACCAAGUCCUAGCACAGAUUGAACUAUGGACUAAACACAAUCAAUACCCCAUUGGCGUUCACACCUUGCCGAAAAAGUUAGAUGAAGAAGUUGCAGCCCUCCAUCUUGAUCACUUGGGUGUCAAACUUACGAAAUUAACACCUAAACAAGCAAAGUAUAUUGGAGUGUCGGUGGAAGGCCCAUACAAACCAGACCAUUAUAGAUACUGAUUUUGAAAACAUAAAAAUCUCUAUACCUACCUACUAAUACCUAGUGUUUGGUGUUGUCUAUUUAAAGGCAUAAUAAAUGAAUUAAUAAUUUGA